UUAUAAAAAAAAAUGAAGAUAGUUGUUGUUUCUGCUCCGUUUCUACUCUCACUUGUCCUCACUCUCUCUCUUGUGGAGUUUGCCUCCGCCACUUACUCAGGCGGUGUAUAUGCGCCGUCGCCAGGGGGAGGAGGAGAGGUGGAGAGAUGGUGCGAAGACAGGUGCGAAGUGAGGUGCAGAGUGGCGGGGAUGCACGACAGGUGUCUGAACUACUGCGGCAUCUGCUGCAGAGACUGCAAGUGCGUUCCUUCCGGCACCUCGGGGAACAAACACGAAUGCGCGUGCUACAGGGACAAGCUCAGCAGCAAGGGCACCCCCAAAUGCCCUUGAUCUCCAACAUUCUCAUUUUUAUUUUUAUUAUUACAUCUUGUUCUAGCUGGAUUUGAUGUUCUGAGGGAUAGAAUCAUCUGCUCUAGUGAUUCUAUACGGUACUGUUUACGUAUACGAUCGGUGUCAACUAUAGCGUAUAUAUGAACAGUAACGGUAGAUUUUAUCAUGAAUA